GGACAAUGAUGGAUAUUCGACGGAAACAGUUGGCCGUAGAAAAUCGACGAGAGAUUUGGAUCCUUUUUAGGGUUUUGCCGUGUAAAAAAAGGAAACUGUCAACUUAUAAAUAGCUGCGUUCUCGCUCUUCCACUCUCUCAAAUUCCUUGCUCAUCAAGCUUCUUCUUCGAUUCUCCUGUCAGACUCGUCGUGCUUGCGGAUUCCUCCUUUGGUUUCCUUUCCGAUCGUAAGUUUACUUCUACUACAUGUCUACAUCUUUAUCUUCGACCACAAUCUACAUCGUCUUGAACUUGAAGUAAUCUUGCAUGUCCUAGGCUCCUAGCUUUAGAGGAUUUUUCUUUGAUGUUUUCGUUCAAUUCUGUUGAUUUCACUGUCUAGGUUUCUCCUUUUGAUUUAAACUAUCUGAACUUGUAACCCUAACCCUAGAUCGGAUUUUGUUGUUGAUAGAUUCUUUAUAAUCCUAACCUAUAUAUGUCUACCAAAAGAGUAGAUAUGGGUUCUAGAGAUUAUAUUAGCAGUCUACCAGAUGAGAUUCUUGGCAAAAUCUUAUCAUUGUUUUGCACAAAUCGUGCUGCUUGCACAUCAGUUCUGUCCAAAAGGUGGAGGAAUCUGCUCGAGCUUGUAGACAACCUUGAUUUGAAUGACGCAUAUGGUAAUCAUCAAUACUUCUGUGAUUUUGUGGACAGAACACUUGCUCUCUUAAGCAAUUCUACCACCGUCAAGAGAUUCUCCCUAAAUUGUGCAUUUCACAAUGACGCUUCUCGGGUGAACAGUUGGAUACGCACUGUCUUCGAUCGCGGCUUCUUGGAUCUUCACUUGGAGACCGCACAUAUGCAUCGUAUAGACACUGAGUUCUUCACGAGCAAUACACUUCUUGAGCUCACAAUAUGCGGUGGGUUUUAUGCUGAGGGUCGUCUUCCUCCUGGGAGAGUGUUUUUUCCAGCGCUUAAAUCACUCUCUCUAGUUUCAGUGGAGUUUACAGAUACUUUGAUGUAUCAGAAUUUCAUCUCUGGCUGCCCUGUGCUUGAGGAAUUAUUCCUACAUUAUGAUAAUGAGACACAAUGCCCGGCUUGGAAAGGGCUCGUAUCGAGUCCUUCCAUCAAACGGCUGAACAUCUAUGACAAUCCUUCCGAGUUACGUUAUGAGGCUUACAAAUGUUGCUUUCAGAUACCCAGCCUUGUGUACCUUGACUAUUCUAGUUAUGUGGCGAAACAGUAUGCGGUUGAUCUGGUUUCCCUUGAAGAAGCUAGACUCAAUAUCCGAUAUCCGGAGAGACUUGUAGAUCAGAAUGAGGAUAUUUUUGGUGAUGUUACGGAUUUGCUUAAAGGGAUAAGCAAUGUUAAAACCCUUCAUUUAUCUUCUGAUUCUCUUGAGGUGUUUCACUUGUGCUGUGAUACAAUGCCGGUGUUUCAUAACCUCCUUACUUUAUCUUUUGAGAGUGACGAAGAAAUAGGCUGGCAAGUGGUGCCACUUCUCCUCAACAAAUCUCCAAACCUAGAAACUUUAGUCAUCAAGAGUCUUGUGCACCAAGUAACAGAUAUGUGCGGGAACGCCUGCGCUUGCAUCUCUAAGAGGAGGAAGAAAAAGAAGAAGACGACGGAGGAUGACGAAUGUUGUUUAUCUACAUGUCAAGUCAAAGUGCUAAAUAUUUCAGGGUAUCGAGGUACUUGUAAAGAGCUGAAACAAAUGAGGCAUUUCUUGGAGAAUUUGAAAUGUCUUGAAACUGUCAAUGUGGGUGUUGAUGUGAAGCGCAGAGAAUAUAAGAAUGGUAAUAACAAGUACCAGAGGAUCACCAAUGCUGUUAUGGAGCUUCCUAGAUUUUCAUCAAACUGUCAGAUCCAAUUCUUCUGAUUUCUCAUUUGAAAACUGAAUCAUUAACAUGCCAAAACUAAAUCUUUUAGAAGAUAAACUUUUUUUCUCUACGAAGGUAAUCAAUAUUUUGCUAUUUAUUUAGGGAAAGCAUAAAGAGAAAGUGGUCACUA